AUGGCUGCCAACUACUGGGCUUCGACGCAACGCCGCCAUUGGCUCUUCACUCGAGAGAAACUAGCUGAAGCUCGGGACAGGCUUCGUGAUCAAGAUAAAGCUGCGCAUUCUCAAUUUCCGCUGCCGGACCAGCGACUGCUGAAUAUCUAUUUCAAUCAACAAUUGAUCAAGCUGGGCAAGCGCAUGUCCACCCGUCAACAAGCGAUAGCCACCGCUCAGGUGUAUCUGAAACGAUUCUACACCAAGAAUGAGAUUCGUCACACCAACCCUUACCUGGUCAUGACCACGGCAUUUUACCUGGCCUGUAAAAUGGAGGAGUGUCCCCAACAUAUUCGCUUCGUCGUGGGAGAGGCUCGCGGUCUGUAUCCUGAUCUCCUGCGAGAAAAGGGCACCCCCCCCCCCCCUUUCCAGUUACUGAUUUCGGAAACAGAAUUCAUUACACCAGAUGUGGCGAAGCUAGGUGAAUGCGAGUUUGCAUUAAUCUCCGAAAUGAGUUCUCAACUCAUCGUCCAUCAUCCAUAUCGAACCCUGUCAGAGCUUCAGGCCGAGUUGGCCCUCAGCUCGGAUGAAGUGGCGCUUGCAUGGUCGGUCAUCAAUGAUCACUACCUGACAGAUCUGCCUUUACUUCAUCCUCCGCACAUUAUUGCAGUCAUGGCAAUCAUCGUCGCCGUGGUCUUCAAGCCUUCCCACCCUGGCAACUUUGGCAACUCGGCCCAGUCCGCCUUGGCCGGAGUGAUGAGAGACGGUGGAGGCAUGGGAAUGCUUGCAGCCUUGUCCGAUAAAUCUGGAGCCGGACCCCCUCGUAUUCAGAAUCUUGUCCAAUGGCUCGCCGAGAGUGAAAUCGAUAUCAAAGCUGUCAUCGAGUGCACGCAAGAGCUCCUCUCCUUGUACGAGGUGUGGGAGCAGUACAACGAAAAGCACUGCAAAGAGCUCAUUGGGCGCAUGGUUCGGGGCAAGAAUUUGGAUAAAUGA